AUGCCUCUUCUAAUUCUCGCUGAGACCAGCGCGGGUUAUGGUCUCUUCAAGGCCCGCGACAAGAAACUGCUCUCUGCAGAUGACCUAGAGAGCAGGCUAGACACUGCUGAAAAGAUCAACCAAGAGUUGAAGCUUAAGGAAUUCGUAAAAUGGGACAGUGCAGCUGCUGCCGUGGGGGAGAUUGGUGCUUUGCUGGAGGGCAAGGUCCCCCCGAUGCUGGCUAAGCUCAUGGAGAAGGUCAAGGACGAGAAGAAGGUCUCGCUGGCGGUGGCCGACAAGAACAUCGGUGUUGCCCUUCAGAGGAUCCCAGGCCUCAGCAACAUCACCGAGAUCGCCUCCGGAUCCUCCACGACCGAUCUCUACCGCGGUAUCCGUACCCAUCUUUCCGAUCUCAUCCCCGGAAUCCUGCCAGAGAACUUCAAGACCAUGUCUCUCGGUCUCUCCCAUUCACUCUCGCGCCACAAGCUACGAUUCUCGGCCGACAAGGUAGAUGUCAUGAUUAUCCAGGCCAUCAACCUGUUAGAUGAUCUCGACAAGGAACUGAACACGUACGCUAUGCGCGUCAAGGAGUGGUACGGCUGGCACUUCCCUGAGCUGGGCAAGAUCCUCAACGACAAUCUCGCCUACGCCCGCGUCAUUCUCGCCCUUGGCAUGCGCUCCAACGCUACCAAAGCUGAUCUGUCCGAGAUCCUGCCCGAGGAGAUCGAAACCGCUGUCAAGGCUGCGGCCGACUUGAGUAUGGGUACCGAGAUCAGUGAGGAGGAUCUCGAGAACAUCAGGCUGCUUGCCGAGCAGGUUGUCUCAUACAGCGAAUACCGUGCCCAGCUGUCUUCAUACCUCGACGCCAGGAUGCGCGCUAUUGCUCCUAGCUUGACGGAGCUGGUUGGUUACCUUGUCGGUGCCCGCCUGAUCGCCCACGCUGGUUCCCUCAUGAACUUGGCCAAGAACCCCGGUUCCACCAUCCAGAUCCUCGGUGCCGAGAAGGCACUGUUCCGUGCUCUCAAGACGAAGCAUGCCACACCCAAGUAUGGUCUCAUCUACCACGCCUCCCUCGUUGGUCAAGCGACGGGCAAGAACAAGGGCAAGAUCGCCCGUCAGCUCGCCGCCAAGGCAGCACUAGGUGUCCGUUCAGACGCCCUGACCGAGUUCAAGGAUGGUGAGGAGGCGGACGAGGAAGCUCGCGCCGUGUUUGGUGCCACCCAAAGGGCCAAGGUUGAGUCAAACCUCAGGAGAUUGGAAGGCAAGCCUAUUCUUGCGAAGGGCGUCACAGUCGGCCCCAACGGCAAGGCUGCACCGGCCCCUAGCAAGUGGGACGUCAAGGAGGCGAGGAAGUACAAUGUUGAUGCCGAUGGACUUGCCGGCAACGAGCCCGCCAGCGCCGAGACCCCUGUCAAGGAGUCCAAGAAGAAGUCAAAGAAGGCAAAGGAGCCUUCUCCCGAUGUUGACAUGGAGAACGAUGACGAUGCUUCGGACGAUGACAUGGAAGAUGCUCCAGCUCAAAAUGGUACCGGUGUCAAGGCUACUCCCAAGAAGUCAUCGGCCAAGCCAAGCAAGCUUACUGAGGCCGACUACGAGCGCCUUGCCGAGCAGGCUGGUAUCUCGGUGUCCAAGUUCAAGAGAAAGUUUGAGCGUGGCGAUGUCGAGCUGGAUUCCGAUGGCAACCCAGUCGUGCACAGCAAAAAGGAUCUCAAGAAGAAGCGCAAGUCUAUGGACGCUGGCAGUGAGAAGGGCACCCCGGCUGGUGGUGAGAAACGAAAGAGGGACGACGACGAGGAGAAGCCCAAGAAGAAGAAGAAGAAGCACAGCAUUUCAUGA